AUGUCCAACUUCUAUGAAAUGCAGAAUAAUCAGCCCAAUCCUGCAUUUCGACCGCAAUUCCCGGGCCAGGUGCGCUACCCGCCUCCGGGGAUGGGAGGAAAUCUGCGGUUGUCCAAUAGUUGUAAUCCGGUAUGUCUUUACCCUUAAUUUUUGCUAGCAGCCCGAAUUUUGAUUUUUUUUGGGUUCAUUGUAAAAGUAUAUAUAACAAAGAAUUGCGCAACAGUUAUAAUCUAAAAUUGACGUUUAUCGAAUGGUCAAUGCAAACUGAUCAGUGAGUCGUAAGCCAGAAAAUUUUGCGAUUUCGUAUACGCCCUUCGCACUUUCUACAAAUUGCGCGAGAUUAUUUUGUAUUCCAAAAUUGGCAUCUUUUGCUGUCAAUAAAAAUGGUGCUGAAAACUGACAGAAAAAUUGAAUUGUAAGAAGCAAUUCAAUGUAUUCCUGUAUGAAACUUAAAAAAGUUGUCAUUAAUUAGAAAUAAUCACAAUAGUCGCCACGCCAAUAACGGUUUCGACGCGCAAACAAACCGCGUUGGCAUUGUGCCAUAGAAUAAACGCGCUUUGAAAAAAAUCGACAGCACUAGCCAAAAAGAGACGCGAUUUUGUGGGCAUGAAGAGAUUCGACUAAGUAGUUGCUUGCAGCGAUUGUUCCCGUUAAUGAAUCCACAGAACUACUCGAGUCAGUACGGGAAUAACUCCCAGCAGAAUCAGUCCCAGUUGAUGGGAAUGCUGGCAGAUUCACCUUCCUCUUCACAGCAACCUCGAUCAGGUAAAUUUCUCCCUUGUUAUGACAUUCUUCUUCAAUGAUUUCAGGUGGGAAUGUGCAUCUGUUUAUCUUCUUUGCGUUCUCAAUUAUGUGUUUAUAAUGUUUUGUAUUUGCCAUAUUCUUUUUCGUUUUAAAACUUGUAAAGAAUUUUUUCAGAGAAAAAAUCACCUGGCCCUUCUGUUUUAGCGUUUGACGGAUUUAUUUAUAGUCUUUCUAAUGUUUUAGAACAUGUUCAAGGAGUUCCACCAAUGUAUCGAGGACAGCAAACUCCGAACGUUAAUAGGACGAUGAACAAGGUCUCAAAUCCGCAAAUGCAACAUUCCUCUUACAACCAAAACUCUUAUGGACAACAACCUCAGCCUCCUCAAGGCCAUGUUCCUUCUCCUGGUUAUCAACAAAUGCAGUACAAUGGGCAGACAAGGAUGGUGGUAAGGCAGCAGGUUGUAAGUUGUUGGUUUUUUAAUUACCUGAAUUAUUUAUUUAUUUUUAGUCAGUUGAAUCUUCGCCACAGAAUUUUGCACAACCUUCAGGUCAGCGAUCGAUGACUCCGCAGCUGCAGGUAUUUUACGCUAACCACCUUAAAAUACUUUGUAGAUGAACGAUUCACCUCAUCAGCGAUCGAAUGGAAGCAGUCAGCCCUCGUCCGUGCAGAGUCAAUACAAUAACGAGGAGUAUCCAGCAUACAAUCAGCCAUCUAAUGUGAGCCUUUUUGAUUUUAAUUAAUUAAGUUUUAGGUUCAGGAUGGACAACCCCGGCCGCAUUUAGUUAGGAAUGUGAGGAUGACAGCUCCUAAUGGCAGAGGUUCAUUCGUCGCACAAGCAGUACGUUAUGCGCCGCCUCGUCCAGGGCCAGGGAAUCCACAAAUGACGGGCAGGGUAUCCGUUUACGAAUGUAAGGAUAAUUUCACUUUACUUUUACUUUUUAGGUAUAACCAAUGUAAUUCAUGUUAUUUUAGACAAUACUACGAGAAGUGAGAGUCGAAUGAUAGUUCAACAAGCACCGGGUGCAAGGCCAGAAAAUGUGAUAAUAAACCAGCAACCACCCCGAUCUCAGCAAUUCUUCCGUCCGGCGACACCGAACAAUUCUUUGCGACAGGCUCUUGGCCAUGAUGCUCAACAAAAUGUGAUAGUCAGUCAGCCCAACACGGUUGUAAGGCCCAUUUUUAAUGGACAGCCGACUUUUACCAGAAGACCGUCCGUCGAUCAUGGUGUCCCCUCCGGCUCAAUAGAAACGGCGCCGGUUGAAGUAAGUGUCAUUCGCGUUACAGUUAUUUUUACAUUCUAGGAUAAUACCGAAUCCGAAAACGGCGAAGCAUUUCCUAAAAAGGCAAAACAACCAGUCGUUGUCAAAAUUCUCAAGAAUACCCCAAGGCCACCAGCAAAAAAGGUCGGGAAAAAAGAUGGACAAAUGGGCGGAGGUCAAAUGGAUGAUGAUAAGCCGCGGUCUCAUACUCUCAUAGAUCGCAAAAAUGCUGUGGUAACAAGGGAAGUUUUGGAUAAAGUCACCCAAGCGAUGGAUCCGCCGAUGGUUCUUGAGGAAAACGUUAAAUCGGGUGUGAUGAUGUAUAUGGAGAGUCUAGUAGAUGAUCUAGUCAGAGAAACUGUCAAAGCUGCUACAGUCAGGAAGAGCAACGAAAUCAAAACUAAGGACAUUGACUUCGUACUUCGGAAGUACAAUAUUACCGUACAUGGUUCCACCGGUCAGUCAAGCUCGAAGAAAAACCAAGCUCUGGAUCAGCGGCUUGCCGUUAUUGACCGAAAUCUUAAGAAGUAA